UGCACCAUCGCUAUUUUCCGCCAGCACUAGUAAACUCCCAUCCCUAAGUCUUGUUUUUACUUUUAUGAGCAUCUAAUUGUACCGAUUUAAGUAAAAUAAUUAAUCAAACAAAUCCUAACUGAUACGUGGGAACAAUGGUGAAUGACUCUGGUCUAUCGACAGUGGACGACUUGGAGCAAAAACUGAAUUCGGCCAAGCAGUCGCUGGUGAUCCUAAAUGAAAACAUUCGCCGCAUUGCUGGUCGCGUCCCCAAGGAUUCCCUGCAGAGAUCGGAAAAAUUCAAAUACACCCAAGAUGGCAAGAAGAACGAGCACAAUGGUGAGCGACAGUUCCCCCGAAAUGCACCACCCGGUGGGGUCUUCAAAGACAAGCGGCGAAUGUACGAAAGCAAGAAUCCGAAUUCCCGUUUCCCAAUCGAAGAGAACGAGGGUCGGCCACCACGGAUUAACUCGCGGGUCAUCCGGGAGAUGCCAACUAAAAAGGAGAUCGUCGAGGCACAGGGCACAGACUCUGAAUCGAGGGCCAGGAAUCGCAGGAUGUUCGGAUCGCUGUUGGGAACCCUACAGAAGUUCUGUCAGGAGGAAUCGCGACUGAAGAGCAAGGAGGAUAAAAAAGCUGAGAUCGAUAGGAAGGUAGAAAAGCAAGAACUGCAGGAAAGAGCAAUGCUGAGGAAACAACGGGAAACACUAUUCUUAGACAGGAAAAAAAAGCAAUUCGAGAUCCGUAGAUUAGAGUACAAAAUGGCCAGAAUGAAGGACUUCAAGGUCUGGGAAGCAACUAUGUUGAAUGCGAAAAGUAACAUCCGAACAAAAACGAAACCACAUCUGUUCUUUAGGCCAAAAGUGCAUUCGCCUAAAACGGAAAAACUGUUGAGCAAAAGCAAAAGUGAAGCCGAUGUGUUUAUAGAAUUCAGGCGCGAAGAAUUGGAAGUUGAGCUAAAAAACUUGGAGAACAUGAACUUUGGGAAGAUGGAAGACGAUACUGCAAUAGACGAAAGUUUCUAUGAAGAGCCCGACGACGAAGAGCAGUUGGAUAAGUAAUGUAUGAUUCAUUGCACCUCACGUGGAUGUAUUCUGAUGACUUUGGCAUUGGAAGCUUUGGAUGUACUUAGCUUGGGACGGGUUCCCAACACGACCACUCACUGGUCAGAUCAUCCGCCGAUGCUCCGCAGUAUCCAAUCGGAGAAGCUACUCACCAGGGUGUAGACCCCCGGAAUGGUGGUCACGCCGCACAGCGUCGGUCCAAAGGCAACGAUGCCGAUGAUCGUAUAACGUCCACUUGUUCCAAAGACGCCGGAGGUACCGUCGUCCAUAAAGGGGCCGCCACUAUCGCCUCGGCACACGUCAUUCAUGGGCAUCCCCUGGGCGCACAGGUGGUUGGGAGUAAUCACAAUGGGCUGCUGGAAGUUCUCACUGAGACUGGCAUAGGCGAUGGCGCAACUGGUGGUGUUCACGAUGGGCAAACGGAUGAAGCGCACCCCUGCGGUGGAAUUUGAUGGGUCUAUCGAACUGUUACCUGGUCAAAAUGUGUAGCAAAGAAUAUAUACAUUAAAAACAUAAUAAGCACUGAAUUAUAUUUCGAUCGCAUUGAUAGUAAGUUAAAAAAUUGAACAGAUCAGAUAUAAAGUAUUUUCGAGACUCACUUUCAGUAUUCCCAAUACUCCAACCAGCAGCCACUCCAAUCUGUCCUAUCAACCUGUUUCCCAGUGUGAUUGGUCCGUUU